GAAAUGAUCUUUAUCAAUACAAGGCCAGUUGAUGAGAAUGCACAAUGUGAGCGGAGGCCUUCAAAAGCACCCAGUCACUCUGGGCACAGUCAUCCGCACGAUGGGACGGCUCAUGUUUUGAGACUAUCUCUCUCCUUGAUCCUGUUCUACCUACUCGUCUCAAUCUUCCCGGCAAUUCUCUUCUAUCCGGUGUCCCUUCUGAGCAUGCUCGUACCAGUUUUGGCUCUUUUCUUCGCGUUAUGCUCAAUUCGAGGCGACUAUCAAAGUACGCAAUGGCCCAUUCUCUUCAUUGCUCUCAUCGGAAUUCUCCUCAAAAUCGCGGCGAUUGUCGUUUAUAUUUCGUUGUUCCCGCUCAAAGAUUAUUCGAGAAAACCCGGAAGGGGACCGCAAAGAACCGAAGCAGAAAUGAAGCAUUACCGUACAGUAUUCUACAUUAUUCUCUCGACGGUAGAGUUCUUCAUUCUCAUUAUUGGAGUUUGCUUGAAAUGGCAACUUGUCACACUUCAUCAAAGAGAGCAGAUCCAAAAAAGAAGAUCUACUCUGGUAUCAAGUCGCCCAUUAAUCGAAGGAGAACCCGGCGCAGGUGGUCCUCGAAGAUCUCUUCAACAAGUGUGAAUUUAAAAAAAAACAGAGAAUAAACUCCCCUUAUGAGCUAUCCAUGAUCUCGACUAUUUUUUCCCCAACCUCUCAUUUUUGUCUAGAUGUUUAUUUUGACGGUGUACAUAAAUUUUUUUAAUUAU